AACUCUGUCACCAACUUGUCAGAAACCCAAAAGCCCUCAUCUCUCUCUUUCUCUAUUUCUCUCUCAUCACUUGCAAAGUGAAUAGUGUGUGUAGUAUCCAAAAGAUCAAAAAGCCGAAAACUUCUCUAUCUCUCAUUCUCAUGGAGAGAGAGAAAAUCCCAGUUAGAUAACUGCAAGACACAAAUACUUCACAUAAAUUGUCCCCAAAACCAGAAAAAACAGCAAUCAGAUCAACCAUCUGCUCAUCCUCGGUCGUCUGUCAGUUGAUUGAUUGUGAAAUGCACAGGCUCUGGUGUGGUAAUUUUACCAAAUUCAUCGAGGUUUUUGCGUGGAAUUAUUUGGCAGUUUCCGUAAGUGUAUGUGGAGUGUAGCAGUCGUUGCCACCUUUGGUGCUACUCAUCCGGUGUAAAAUGGCUUCUGCCAGCCUUGGACAUGGCGGAGUUGGCAGUUCCAGAGCUGUUACCGGCUUCAAUGAUUCAUCUAGUUCAGUUGACUGGCUGGGGAGGGAGAUGCUUGAGAUGCGACUCAGGGACAAGGUGGAACAUGAUGAUGAAAGAGUGAGUGAUAGUGAACCAGAGAUAGUACAUGGUGUGGGUGCUGAGGCAGGGCAUGUGAUAAGAACCACAAUAGGUGGUCGCAAUGGUCAGUCUAAACAGACUGUCAGUUACAUAGCUGAGCAUGUGAUUGGAACUGGUUCUUUUGGUGUUGUUUUCCAAGCGAAAUGCAGAGAAACUGGAGAGAUUGUUGCUAUAAAGAAAGUUCUUCAAGAUAAGAGAUAUAAGAACAGGGAGCUACAAAUCAUGCAAAUGCUGGAUCACCCUAAUGUUGUGGCCUUGAAGCAUUCUUUCUUUUCAACAACUGAUAAAGAAGAGCUAUACCUCAAUCUUGUUCUUGAUUUUGUUCCUGAAACAGUUAGCAGAAGUGCUAGGCAUUACACUAGAAUGAACCAACGAAUGCCCUUGAUAUAUGUCAAGUUAUACACCUAUCAGAUAUGCAGGGCACUUGCUUAUAUUCAUAAUUGCAUUGGUAUCUGUCAUCGUGACAUCAAGCCUCAAAAUCUGCUAGUGAAUCCACACACACACCAGCUAAAACUAUGUGACUUUGGAAGUGCUAAAGUGCUGGUAAAAGGAGAGCCUAAUGUUUCUUAUAUCUGUUCAAGAUAUUAUCGUGCACCAGAGCUUAUAUUUGGUGCCACUGAAUAUACACCAGCUAUAGAUAUUUGGUCAACAGGUUGUGUCAUGGCUGAACUACUACUUGGACAGCCAUUGUUUCCCGGAGAAAGUGGUGUUGAUCAACUUGUGGAGAUCAUUAAGGUUCUGGGAACUCCUACAAGAGAGGAGAUAAAAUGCAUGAAUCCAAAUUAUACUGAAUUUAGGUUUCCUCAAAUAAAGCCUCAUCCAUGGCACAAGGUCUUUCAAAAGCGUUUACCUCCAGAAGCAGUGGAUUUAGUUUGUAGGUUUUUUCAAUAUUCACCUAAUUUGCGCUGCACUGCGUUGGAAGCUUGUGUUCAUCCCUUCUUUGAUGAAUUGAGGGACCCAACCACCCGUCUUCCUAAUGGUCGUCCACUUCCUCCACUCUUCAAUUUUAAACCACAAGAGCUUGCAAGCAUCCCUCCUGAGACUUUGCAAAGGUUGAUACCAGAACAUGCUCGAAAGCAGAACUUAUUCAUGGCUUUGAACACCCACUGAGUUUGUUAUUAUAUUAUUAUUAUUUUUCUUUUUCUUUUUGUGUUAGUAUCAUUAUUAUAUAUGUAAGAGCUUGCAUAUAGACUUGUUAUGGUUUUCGUAUAUGGUAAUGUUGAGGCAUGGAAGGAAGAUGAUGAGGAAUUGUUAUGAUUAUAAUAUUAUAUAUAUAUAUUUAUGUAUUA